AUGAGUAUUCUUAUGGGAUAUGAUUACUUCGAUACAACAAAAAAGGAUCUAGAAAUUCUCGAAGAAAAAGUCACAGACAUCGAAAAAACACAACAGAGAAAUACGGCCGAAAUUCAAAAAAAUAAAACCGAACUGAUCGACUUGAACGACAUCGGAAGAAAUCCACCCGUUCAAUACGAUCUUACACAACUUUCUGGAUAUCCACCGGGAUUUCGCGAAACCACCACCGUCUCGGCAACCGAUCAGAAAAAUACAAAAUUCAUUAUUUUUAAAGUAAGUGGUGGCGGUAUUAAUCAGGAAACACAAUCUCCCACGUACGGAUUUUACGCGGGAAGUACGGGAAAUGUCGUCAUGUUUACCGAAACACAAACGGGUAGCAUCGUUCGUACGACGUUCUCAUUCUUUUACAUGUCCACUAAAAAAAUUACCAUCUUCGGAUUAAAAUUUAGAAAUAUCGAUACGGCAGGAAAUUCAUCCGUCCGGAAAAAAUCAACGGUUCUCAAAUGUUUUCUGGUCACGUAA